GCGCAGAGUGCAAACACGUUGUUAUUGGAGAUACCCGCGGAGUUUACUUCGUCCCGAACAAGUUCAUUAUACUGGAUACUUUUGAGAUUCACAAGACACGAAAAAUGAAGUCUCCAAAGUUGAAGUCUCAAGGCAAAUCUAAAUUCCUUGAGGAGGAUGAUAUGUCUGACGUGUUGUGUGAGUUCGACGCGGUGAUCGAGGAUUUCACUUCCCCGAUGGAGAAGAGACAUUUCCAGUACGACGAGCACCUGAAGACGGUGAAGAGACGGAGCAGUGCCAGCGUCAGUGACAGUGGCAUCAGCGACUCGGAAAGCGCUGGGUCGCUCAACAGGAACAGCUUCAGUUUCAGUGAUGAGAGACUGAACUCUCCCAAUGUCUUUUCUCCCUCUCCCACCUCCCCCCCACCUCUCACAUCACCCAGAGCCAAACUGGGAGACACUAAAGAACUGGAGGACUUCAUUGCUGACCUUGACAAGACGUUAGCAAGCAUGUGACACGGAGCCGAAGAGAAGUGGCAGAGACCCUUUUUUGGAGAGUAGCCAUCGCGAGGAAGGGACACCCUGUCCAGCACCCCAGAACACGCACACACACACACACCAGGAGUGCUGUGAACAUAGCACAGGGACAGUCACAGUGACCGUCAGACUUGCUGAGCAACUUCAUCUCAAGUCUGUGUCCCAAUAUUAUAAGACGGCGUCAUCUCCUUGUCUCCUUUCCUUCUUGUCGUCUCAUUUCCCUCAUGAUCUGAGCUGAUUGGACUGGAUAGUUUUUUCUAGGUUUGCACGGUAACAAUGGGCUAAUCUAAAAUGGAGCCUCAUGUUCUAUUGCACUAUAUGGCAUAGAGUGA